AUGGUGAUGGUGGUGAUGAUGAACGGGACGGGCUCAUACGGAGCGGGCCGAACCGGGGCGGAAUUCGACCCCAUCACCUUCGCCAGAAGACCGCAGACCAUCUUACGAUUCCUGGCCUGGAUUUUCUCCAUGGUGGUUUUCGGCUCGAUAGUAAAUGAAGGAUAUGUGAAUAAGGACAGCGAGCGCCUGCAUUGCGUGUUUAACAAAAACGAAGACGCCUGCAAUUAUGGCAUCAUUAUUGGAGUGCUGGCAUUUUUAGCUAGCCUUUGCUUCCUGGCCUUGGACAUCUACUUCCCUCAGAUCAGCAGUGUUAAGGACCGGAAAAGAGCUGUGCUACUGGAGAUGGGCUUCUCAGGACUUUGGGCCUUUCUUUGGUUUGUUGGAUUUUGCUUCCUCGCCAACCAGUGGAGUCGCACCUCACCUAAACUGCCAUUGGAGCAGGCUUCAGACGCGGCACGGGCUGCCAUUGUCUUCUCUUUCUUGUCCAUUCUCACCUGGGCGGCGCUGACAGUGUUCGCAGUGCAGAAAUUCCUGCUUGGAACUGAUAUGACGCUCUUCACCUCUGCGGACGUCCCCAAACAGCCGUAUCCAUCCAACGACGCAAUCCACCAGACCACCAUCGACAAGAGCCCAACGCUGAUCGAGACCGUGGAGACACGCCCACCCGGGUACCAGAUCCCGCCUGCUUUUUAAUCUCUUAGCCAAUGAGAAGAGAGGAGGCCGUAGUGGAUAGAAUGGCUUCCUUCGUAGGUUCAGUUCCAGUUCUG